AUGAAUCCCACCUCAAUUCCAAUCUCCAGAAGACUCCUCCAAUCAGCAGACCUCAACAACUUCGACGCCGCUCCCGGAACCUCCCUCUCCGCCGCCAUCGACCCCGUCUUCCAGCCCUCAAACGCCACCACCGCCCCCCGCCCCUUCAACCCCAACCUACCCUUCGGCUCCUCCAUGGUCCUGACACUCCUCGUCCUCCUUACCGCCCUCUUCUUCCUAGCCUUCUUCUCUGUCUACAUCCGCCGCUUAUCUUCAUCAGCCUCGGAGGACACAGGGACUCCCUCAUCCGCCUCCCGCAACCGUACUCCACCACCCAACCAGAAAGGCGGCCUCGACAGUUCCGCCGUGAACUCUCUCCCCCUGGUGGCCUACGGCAAGGCGGCGAAGCACCCGAUGAUCGACGACUGCACAAUCUGCUUGAGCGAGUUGAGGGAGAGAGAGACGGUGAAGCUGAUCCCUUAUUGCGGUCACGUGUUCCAUCCUGGCUGCAUUGAUACGUGGCUGUCGACGCACGUGACCUGCCCGCUGUGUCGGUCAGCCGAGCUGUUCGAGAGAGUUGAGGAGGAGGUUUGUUUGGAUGUGACGCAUGAUAAGAAUGGGAGGGAUAUGGGUGAGAGAUGGAGGGUGGAGGAUGGAGACGCGUGGAGGGACGAGAGGUCGGGGGAAGUGAGGAGGACGUGCAGUGGCUCUAGCCUGGUUCAUAAGGAGGCGGUGUUGUUGCAGAGAAGCACAAGUCUCUGA